GAUUCUGUCGACCCAAACAGCCCUGGAACCAAGGGGGGAUCUUUGGUUUAAGGACCUGAGAGGCACGGCCUACAGGUUCUUGGAUACGUAUAAAGACUACGUCUACGAUGGCCAAAGAAGCCUUUACAGGAGCGCUAAAGUAGCGAUUCUUGAUACUGGUGUUGAAACUCCUCAAUAUCUGGCACGGCAAGGAUAAUCAAAGCUCGGAGUUACGGAUGGGUCAAUCGAUCAACCGAAAAGAUGUAGCCGCUUCAAUUGAAGAUGCCACCCUCAAACACGAUGCGGACAUUAUCAGCAUGUCGUUUGGUUGGGAGCAGGAACAUGAAGAAGAGCAUAAUGAUGCAUUUCGUGCAACAUUUGGAAAAUAUUACGAUAAAGAUGUCUUGGUUUUCGUGGCUACCGCCAAUGAACAUGUCGCGUCCGUGUUAGAUAUGGCAUACCCAGUCCGCGCUGACAGCGUGAUUGCCAUCGACGAAGCGACCUCAAAAGGAGAGUAUUCUCAUACAGUCCCACCAGAGACUAUGCGUUCUUAACACAGCGUUUCAUGGCGCUUGGUGGAGAUAUCAAAAAAAUGCAGAUCAGCCGCGCAUGAAUGGCACGUCAGCUGUUUUACCUGUUGCUGC